CGGCAAGUGUUGCAGUUCGGGGCGGGAGGCGGCUGCGGCUCGGCCGGCGCGAAAGGCCCGGGGUGAGGAUCCCGGGGAGAGGGCGGGGCCGGGGCCAGAGUCUCGGCUUUGUACCGCGGAGGAGUUCCGCCUUUUUCCAAAAGAGGAGUCCAGAGGAGGACUGGUCCUUUUCUGCAAAUACCAAAGCCAUGGCUCAGGAGUCAGUGAUGUUCAGUGAUGUAUCCAUAGACUUCUCUCAGGAGGAGUGGGAAUGCCUGAAUGAUGAGCAGAGACAUUUAUACAGAGAUGUGAUGUUGGAGAAUUACAACAACCUGGUUUCGAUGGCAGGACAUUCUAUUUCUAAACCAGAUGUGAUCUCCUUCUUGGAGCAGGGGAAGGAGCCCUGGUUGGUUGACAGAGAAGUAACGGGAGGCCAGUGUCCAGUCCUGGGAUCAAGAUGUCAGACCAAGAAAUUAUUUCUGAAGAAGGAAAUUUUUGAAAUAGAGUCAGCCCAGUGGGAGAUAAUGGGAAGACUUACAAGACAUGACCUUCAGUGCUCUAGUUUCAGAGAUGAUUGGAAAUCUAAUGGCCAGUUUGAAAGACGACAUGGCUCUCAGGAGAGACAUUUCAGUCAACCGAUAUACACCCAUGAAGGCGUGCCCACUUUUAGUCAGCAUCCACCCUUGACAUUACAGCAAAUCAUUCAUAAUAAAGAGAAAUACUGUCCAAAUAAGGAAUAUAGGAAAGCCUUUAGACGUGACUCACAGCAUACAGCACAUCAGAUAAUUCACACCAUUGAGAAACCCUAUGAAUGUAAGGAAUGUGGAAAGGCCUUUAGACAUCCCUCAAGACUCAGUCAUCAUCAGAAAAUUCACACUGGCAAGAAACCCUUCGAAUGUAAAGAAUGUGGAAAAACCUUUAUUUGUGGCUCAGACCUUACUCGACAUCAGAGGAUUCACACUGGCGAGAAACCCUAUGAAUGUAAGGAAUGUGGGAAGGCCUUUAGUAGUGGCUCCAACUUCACUCGACAUCAGAGGAUUCACACUGGUGAGAAGCCCUAUGAAUGUAAAGAAUGUGGGAAGGCCUUCAGUAGUGGCUCCAACUUUACUCAACAUCAGAGAAUUCACACGGGGGAGAAACCCUAUGAAUGUAAGGAGUGUGGUAAUGCCUUUAGUCAAAGCUCACAGCUUAUUAAACAUCAGAGAAUCCAUACAGGUGAGAAACCCUAUGAAUGUAAGGAGUGUGAAAAGGCUUUUCGUUCUGGUUCAGACCUUACUCGACACCAGAGAAUUCAUACUGGUGAGAAGCCCUAUGAAUGUAAGAUAUGUGGGAAAGCCUAUUCUCAGAGUUCACAACUUAUUAGUCAUCAUAGAAUUCAUACCGCUGAGAAACCCUAUGAAUAUAGGGAAUGCGAGAAGACCUUUAAUUAUGGCUCACAACUUAUUCAGCAUCAAAAUUUGUACUGGUGAUAAACCAUAGAUAUACGAAAUGUGUGGGAAGGCUUUUAACUACAACUCAGAACUUCAAAAUCAGAGAAUUUAUCUUGAUGAUCAUCCCUCUAAAUAGAAUAAUGUAGAAACAUCUUGUUUGUUGACUACAGCUUAUUUAGCCCGUAAAAAAAUGUAGGAAAAACACCCCAUGGGUAGAAUACAUUUUGGAAGCCCUUUAAUAAAAUUUAUAUUUCUCUUGACCUAAUUCAACCUAGCAAAUAUUGAAAAUGGCAACUUUUUUGACCCCCUUCUAACCUUACACAUCAGAGAAUUCGUGCUUAAAUGUAAUACUGUGAUUUUCAUUUUUUCCCCUACUUUAUAGUAGUAAUAUUUUUAAUUUUUCAAUCCAUUCUAAAUUUAUAUGACUAUGAAGUCCAUCUGUUUACAUCAUGGUUUAUAAGAUACUUUUAUUUUUAAAAUACCUUUAAUAACAGAGAAGUGGCCUCUUUAUUUUUGAAGAUGACUUACUCUUUUUGCUCUUUAAAAAAUUUAGACUUUCUUAUUGUCAAAACGUUCACAAACAACUUUGCACUCAGUAAAUAGAGAUCUUUUUGUGGCUGGCUUUAUGGUGUUUCCUCGUGUUGCUGUAAUAUUUUAUCAAAUCCCUAUUGAUAGACACUGUAGUUUCUUCUACAGUUUGCCAUUAUACACAGUGUCCUGAUGGACAUUCUCCCGUGGCAUAUCUUUGUAUCGUAUCUUUUAAUUACAGAGAUAAUGCAUGAAUAUAGAUUCCUUAUAAAAGAUUUAAACAUUCCAAAUAAUGCAAACAUACCCUUUGACCACUAUUCUUGUACCCAUUUCCCUUUCCAAAGGAUAGUCGUUAUCUGUUUAGUAUUUAUCCACCCUGAGCAUUUUUCUGUUUUUAUACAUGUAUGUCUCAGUAGAAAUUAUAAAAUGGGGAUAAUUAUAAUACCUCAUAAUUUUGUGUGAGGCUCAAAUGAGACACAGAAUGUUUAGAAUUGUGCCUGUCAUAAUAAAUAAUCACUGAAUGAAUGUUGGUCACUGUUAUAUUCAUCAUUGUCAUUAGUAGUAUUUGUUGAAAUAUAAUUGUUUCUGCAGACCUUACUCAACAUCAGGCAAGAUAUACAAUUGAAGAAAGACCCAUUGAGGGUAAUGAAUUAAGAAAAUUUUCUCUCAUGUCUUAUAGAACAUGAAAUAAUCUUGAGUGUUGGGAAAAUAAUGUGUAUAAUGUGUGGGAAGGACUUUAUUCAGACUGGCAUCUUUUUACUACAUAUAAUAAUAACAAAAAAUUUGUAACUUAUGAAGAAAAAGUAUGAAAAGACAAAUAGCAUUAGGUUUGAAAAAUGGAUAAAUAUAUAUGCACAUACAUAUAAAGAUAGGGAAACCUUAUAGUUACUGAUUUAAAAUGCUAUACUGAGUAGUUUUUUUUUUGUUUUUUUAAAUAAAAAACAUUUGAAAACCUAAACAAUUAUUUUUUAGGAAGACAAACAGUACCAGUGUUGACUCAAAAUCAGAACUCUUGGAAGACUCUUACAAACAAAGGAAAAGGGAAAUUUAGCAUGAGAUAUAGUAGCUAUUAACUGCCAAAGCACCAAACCCAAUUUCUUUUUAGGCAAAACAUUACCUAAGGUAUGCAAGGAACUAUUAUAUAGAAGUAGGCAUGUCAUAACAAACCGACGUAAUCUUGAUGUUAGAAUUGCAUUAGGAGGAAACAAGGAAGCCGUUUUUCAGUAUCAUCCAUGAGAUGUAUGAGCAUACUAAAGAAAUAAGGGAACUGUAGGUAGCAAAAGAAUAAUAGAAGUGAACCUGAUUGGGACAGUAGCUAGAAAGGAUGCCCAGUGCCCAGUUCCAGCCAACCGAUGCUGUGAGUUAAGUCAGCCCCGUUUGCCAGCUUUUCUGACUUCAGAGAAUCCAUAAAUCUACCUUUUUUAUUCAGUGAUGACUCUUGAUUUUUAAAUGGCAGCUCAGAUUUAAGAUAAAACAUGAGGACCAAAGAAGAUAUAUCGACUCUGCAAGUAGCAAGUGACCCACGGAUUACUUUUAUUCUGGACACUAGAACAAUGAGUGUGCAAAAGGCUUGCAGGAGAAGUUUUUAAUAGUGCAAAUCCCAGGGCCUCAAAUUUAAGGGGGGAGGGAGGAGUACACACAAAAUAAUUUACCCAGAAUUUCUUAGAUGUAAACAGUUUUAGAUCUAAAAUAUUUCCAGAGAUAAAGUAGCUAAACUCCAAGUAUAAAGAUACUCUUUUUUUAAAAAGGGACUUGAUUCAGCCCUAAUAUUUUCUACAUGAAAUUUUUUAUUUUAAGCAUUAUGUGAGUUAAAUAGGAUAGUCACGCACCACUUGAUAGCAGGAAUAUGUUCUGGGAAAUGCGUAGUUAGGCAAUUUCGUUGUUUGGGCAGAUGAGUAUGCUUACACAAACACAAUUUGUAUUGCUACCACACAUCUAGGCUAUAUGGUAUACCACUCAUGUAUAUUUAGUCUGUUGAUGACUGAAGCUUGCGGUGCAUGACUAUUGUAUAUAUUUUAUAUCCCGUUCAUGAGCCAUAUACACAACUGAAAAUUUAAAAAGUCAAACUCUCAGGAGAAAAAAUAGCCAAGCCGUCACAAUUUUGCACUAGCAGCAAAUGUGUCACUGGAAUUACAUAUUGUGUAUUGUGUUCUAGACCAAGGGUCAGCAAGUUUUCCAUAAAGGGCUGGGUAUACUAUUUGUGAGCCAAACUAUUUCUGUAGCAACUACUCAGCUCUGCAAUUAUAGUAUAGAAGACUUAUAAAAGUCCUAGAUUAAGAAAUCCUGAAAUUUAAAAAAUAAAUGUCCCAUAGUUUAGCUUUUUUUUAGGUUUGGGUUAGCGUUUGGAGAUUGACCUUUCCUGUGCCUAACUUUUCAUGCUCAAAGAGCUUUCUACCCUGGAUGGAAAACCUAUAUAUCCAAAGUUACUAUAGGUCAGCCCUUUCAUUCCUUGCUCCCUUUUUCAUAGGUAUCAUGUUAGAGGGUUUUAUUCGUUUUUGUUUUUUUUUUUUAACAUUGAAUUACUUAAUUUUUUACAGGCAUAUUUCAUAAUUUGAGAAAAGUAGAGUAAGCAAAAUAUCUGCAAAUAGGACGAUUAGUAACAGGCUUCUUCAUUCUAAUGUUUUGCAUUACUGUCCAAAUGAGAAUUGCUAAAUGAAGUUUCUUAUUCUUUGUUAGUAUACUUUAAGUCAUUUAUUAAAUUCCUCAUCAAAAAUUACAGAGAUCAUGCAUUUGCACCCAAACCAAUGAAACAAUGCCAAUAAACUUUUAAAAAUCAGUAUUUCUGUCCCCUCCUUUCCCCACUCCCUUCCCCUCUGUACAUUUCCUGAGUAAUGUUUCGACCUUGUGUUCUUUGUCCUUAAACAUUAACAAAUAAAUUAUAGUAUAUUUUUACAAAAAAGAAUGAUAUUUUAUACAGUUCUCUGUCAUUUGCUUUUUUACAUUUGUCUGUACAUUUUGGAUUUCCCUUCAAGUCCAUAAAUGAUGAUUUAAUGGUUACAGUGUAUUUCACAAUAUGCUUCUACCUGUACCUAUUCAGCUAUUCCCCAAUUGUGAUAUUUCAAAUUGUUAACUCUUUGCGAUUUAAAAGUAGUGCUUCAAUAAACAUUCUUAUGUUCAUCUUA